UGUAAAUUGUAAACGAGCAUGUCUCGUUCUUUCACUUUUGUUACAAAAUUUUUAUUAUAUGAAAACGUUUAUAUUAUCAUGAAAAAGCAAUUUUUUUAGUUUUAAAAUAUUCCGAACUGAAGGUUUUGUUCAUGCGUGAAUUAAUUUCGUUCAAAAAAAAUUUGUUAGGAGCUUUCUUUUAAAACGGGACACAAGAGGUUCUUACAUGCGUAUUAACUAUGCCAUCAUCAGCUGAACCAGAUUCUCAAAAUUAUCGUCAGAAAUAUCGUAACUUAAAGAGGAAACUUAAAGUACUGAUAUAUGAAAAUGAAUGUUUUCAAGAAGAACUCAAAAAAGCUCAAAGAAAGCUUCUCAAAGUUUCAAGAGAUAAAAGCUUUCUUCUGGACAGGUUAUUGCGGUAUGAAAAUGUUGAUUCCUCAUCUAGUGAUUCUGAAGCCACAGUUUCAAGUGAUUCUGAUACACAGUUUAGAGCAGAAUUACUUACUUUAAAAAA